AUGCAACAUGCCCCUAAGUUCCGCCCCGCCCUCCCCUUCGUCCAGAUCCAUGCCUCAAGGUCUGCACCCUUGCCCGCGGCUAGGGAUUCGGGCGCCCCCCUGUUCUUGCCGCCGAGUGCCCGGGUCGGCCCGCUGGCCAAUGAGCAGCACCCCGCACCUGCGCGUGCCCAGGCAGACGAGCAGUACGGGGAUUGGCCGCGGAUGGAGACGAGUGCUGGCGCGGCAGCAGGAGAAGCUGUGGCGGCGGCGGAUCUGGUGACUGCCGGGUCGGCUCGUCGUUCGUGGCCGGCCGGAGUCGCGCUUGGAGCAGUUGGUUCUGGUCCAUCUACUACUCGUGACUGGGAAGGAAGGAUCAUGUCGUUGAUAGUUCAGCAUUACAAGCAACAACCACUGAGCCAUGAGAGUCUUUCUAGAUGGUACUCUAUCUACAUACUCUUACAAGAAACAACCAACAAGUUAUGCAUUCAAAAUGACUUUACGAAUAUGUAA